AAAAGGGAGAGAGAGAGGGAGAGAUCUCUUUCUUUUUUUCUCCCAGCCUCAGAAACAUGUCGAUGAGUCCCAAGCACACUACUCCCUUCUCAGUGUCUGAUAUCUUGAGUCCUCUGGAGGAGAGCUACAAGAAGGUGGCUAUGGAGGGCACUGGCUUAGGGGCUCCCCUGGCUGCCUACAGGCAAUCUCAGGUGUCUCAGUCUACUAUGCAGCAACAUGCUAUGGGCCACAAUGGACCAGUCAGUGCUGCCUACCACAUGACAGCUGCAGGGGUUCCCCAGCUCUCCCACACCACCAUGGGGGGCUACUGCAAUGGCAACCUGGGCAACUUGGGCAAUAUGACCGAGCUGCCACCUUAUCAGGAGACCAUGAGGAAUAGUUCCGCUACUGGAUGGUAUGGAACCAACCCAGAUCCAAGAUUUUCCACAAUCUCCCGUUUCAUGGGUCCCUCCAAUGGAAUGAAUAUGGGAGGUCUUGGCAAUAUGGGAUCAUUAGGAGAUAUGGGUAAGAGUAUGGCCCCACUUCAGAGCACCCCGAGAAGAAAACGUAGGGUGUUGUUUUCUCAGGCCCAAGUGUACGAACUGGAAAGGAGAUUCAAGCAACAAAAAUACCUAUCUGCUCCAGAGAGGGAACAUUUGGCCAGUAUGAUCCAUUUGACUCCAACCCAGGUGAAGAUCUGGUUCCAGAACCACCGCUACAAGAUGAAGAGACAAGCCAAGGACAAGGCAGCACAACAGCAGAUGCAACAGGACAACAGUUCUUGUCAGCAGCAGCAAUCUCCAAGACGGGUAGCAGUUCCAGUGUUGGUUAAGGAUGGCAAGCCAUGCCAGGCAGGUUCUAAUACCUCAACAACUGCUCUUCAGAACCACCAGCAGCAGUCAGCCACAGCUCUCACAGUCACCUCCAAUGGCUUGGGGCAACAUCAGAGCCACCAAACAAACAGUGCAGGCCAGUCUCCAGACAUGGGUCAGCACUCCAGCAGCCCAUCAAGCCUCCAGAGCCAGGUUACCAACCUUUCUCACCUAAAUAGUUCCAGUUCUGACUAUGGUACAGCCAUGUCCUGCUCUACCUUACUAUAUGGUAGGACAUGGUGAAUACAACCCAGGUCCUUCUGUCCCCAUGCAACCCUUCUCCUCUCUUAAAAAAAAAAAAAAAAA